AGAGUCAUCGACAGCUCUCCAAAGUUAGGCGUCUGCACAAUAUAAAUUGAUGAAACGACAAACAUUAGUUUCAUAUUUUUUAUAGACUUAAAGUUCGUUGUAAAUUGUAAAAUUUGUUCGAAGAAAUACAAGGAAAAAACGCAAUUAACAUUGCGAUUCACGUGCUUAAGUCAGUCAAAACUCACUAUCUGGCAACACGUGCGGCGCAAGUCGCUUGUGGAUCUUGUCGAUUUUGUGGAACGCGUUGUGUGCUUUUUCUGUUUCCAGCUGUGUUUAACGGCGCAGGUUGUGGCGAGUCAGACAAAAAAAAAAAAAGAACAAAGAAAUAGAAACAAUUUGCAAAUAAAAUCGUUGCCGUUCUAAUUUCUGAUUAAUUCAAGAGCAAUAGAAAUGGUGCCCGUCACUGAGCCGCCGCCGAAGUGGCAUGUGGGCAGCGAGUGUUGCAAGUGCAAGGCGAGUUCCUUUGCCGGUCGUCGCUACGCCUGCUGGCAGUGCGCCAACUAUCAGCUUUGUGGCACAUGUUACGACUCUGGCGACUUGCCGGCAAUGCCCGGCCACAUGUUCUACCAUCACCUGGACGUGCACUAUACACUUGCCGAGUACGAGCUCUAUUUUGGCGGCGAACCCUAUCAAGCCGAUAAGGUGCCCCAGAGCUACAAGUGUGCCAUGUGCGACAUGAACGGACUUGACCUUUACACCCUCGAAGCGCAUGUCAAUUCUGUGCAUGCCAAGCACGGUGAUUACUUUGUCUACUCGCUACUGAUUCUCGCCCGUCGCAAGGCAGCUGAUGAAGCUGCUAUGGGCUUCAAUCUGUCAGUGUCACAAUCGGUCUACAUGCGCUUGAUGAGGCAGAAGGUCGAGAAGAUGCGCGUGGCGAAUUUCCCGGAGAACUAUCAUACGGUAUCAUCGAUGCCAACGAUAAAGUUCGAGUUACCCAAUCGGUCGAAUGACGGAUCAGGAAGGGGUCGAGUGCGCCGCAUGAAUAUGGAGCCACCUUCUACGUGCGACUUUAUACCCGACUGGGCUCACACCUCGCCAUCGCAGCAGCGUUUGCAACAGCAGCUGCAGCAGCAGCUACGCGAGCAGGAACUUCAGUUGCAAGAGCUGCGGCUACUGCAAGUCCGGCAACUGCAGCAGCAGCAGCACUACCGAUCGUUGGGGUAUCGCAAUCAGGAGCGGCUGCCGUGGAACCGUCUCAAUGAUGAUGCAAGCAGCACCAUUUGCUAUGCGGAUGUCUUGCGUGGAUUCAACAACAACGCAAACACGACCAGCAGCAGCAGUGAGAAUAAUCCUGAUGAGAAAAACAAAACGGGAGAAAUUGACAAUUUGAAUGUGGAAACGAAUAAAUUUUUGUGCGCACCGUUUUUGCAGUUUGCCGCCGAGGCGCCACUUGGCGAGCAGCCACCAAAUCUCCGUGGGCCUUUUAUUGAGGCACUACUGUGCUCCAUGCUUGCCGACGAGGAGCUCAGUUUGGUGGCGCCACUACCAACAGGAGCUCUGCAAUUCCCAAAUCAAAGCAUAAACGAUGCCAAUCAGGAUCAGAAAUGGUUCAGCGAAUUUGUAGCAGGCAACGAGUACUCGAUGACUGUGCCCGAGAUGAUCUCGGACGACGAAGAGGCAACUCAACACGUUGAUGAUGAACCCUGUAUGAUGGACAUUGAUUCAGAUAUGUAUGAGCGCCAUCCAUAUGGUAUACCUCAUCACGCCGUUUACGAGUGGGAUGAUGACGAUGAUGAUUGGGACCCAUCGUUUUCGGAUUCAACCAAUGAAAUUGAUGAUUAUUUUGAUUAUUAAAUCUGCUACAUAUUACAGAGCAAAGCAAAACAAAUACAGGAACUGAAAAUGGGGAAAACUAGAAA